AUGGCGAUGCCUCACGAACGCCUGAUGCUUCUCCUUCGCCAGCUUUUGCUCGUGAACGUCCUGAUGAUGGCAGUGGUCCUUCUGGCUUUCACAGAGGGUCUUCAAUGGGAUGAGAUCUAUGAUGCUGCUGAGAUCUUUGCGGGGAAGGGUGUCCUCAGCCGAUGCCUGCUAGCUGGAGGCUAUGCCACAGCAUCCUUGGAUAUUCUUCACUUCACGCCGUGGGUUUAUCCUGUGGGCUUUGGUAUUCGCUUCACUCGAACAAUGCCGCUGCUUCAGAAAGAGAAGUCCAAGCCCAACACCAUUGCAGAGGACAAGGUGCCCACCAUCGACGAGAUCAAGCCAAAUGAUGUCUUGCCAUGCCUCGACUCGAUGGACGACUUGUGGAGGGAUGCACGGAUGUCUGAUGUUCUUCACUACCUGUAUGGGGGGACGGGCGUCCAAUUGCCCGACGACUGGACACAGUUCGCUAUGACCAUCCCUCUGCCCCUGAAGCAGGACCCGGGCAACGUGGAGUCUGAGGCGGCUGUCAAGACUACAACGGAGGAGGAGAAUGCUCACGAUGACGACCCCUCGUCGGAGAAGAAGAGCCGCAAGUUGGAAUCUGCUCUUCGGCGGGUCUGCACUCCCAAAAGGGGUUCGGGUAAGCUUGAGGUGAGUCAGGACAUCUACAAGAAGUGGCUAGCAGGGGGAUCACAGCGGAAGGCUCUAUUGGAUGAGGCGUUCAAGAAACACAUCGAGCAUAUGCAGCGUCGGAGCCGCAAAACCAAGAUCCAUGUAGACUCGGGGUUCUACACCAAGGAAAACAUGAAGAAAAAACUUGGAUGGAGUGCGACACGAAUUGCAAAGGCAGUGCAAUACUGUACCCACCCAUCGCGGGUCAAAACCCAUGUCAGGCGGGACAAGUACGAGAGUAACGUGAAAGAGUAUUGGGUUGAUGUUGAGACCACUGGGAGCUUCGAUAACGAGCAUGAAGAGAGCCUGACAGAUCGGACUUGCGUCGAGGGCCAAGCGGCCACCUUUGAUCUUGGCAUUCAGCCAGUGAUGACCCUGCUUCGCACCAAGCCUGUCCCGAAGGAGAAGGCAGCGUCGGCGAAAAACAAAGCGGCAAAGGCUGCCGCCAAAGCUAGCGCUGAGCCUCGAAAGAGGGCAAAGCGGGAUCAAGAAGCUCUGGAAGCCGAUUCGACGAAGUCGAAACCCAAACGAGCUCGCAAGUAA